AUGAGCAAGGAGGCAACCGGCGGCAGUAACAACAUGGGCGUGAAAUCUGAUUCCGGAAAGGAUGUUACACACGGUGUGGGCGUCAGUGGGAGCGUUGAUAACCAGAGCAACAACACGCGCCUGUCGGAUAUGGCGAUGCUAGGCGGGAGCGGGAUUGGUGGUGGAGGUAGUGGUACUGGCGCUGGUGGGGACGGUUUAAACAAUCUCACCGGCUCGAUGGACAAUGGUGGCAGCGCGGGACAACAACCGCCACAGAACGGUAUCGGUGGGCCGCCGGGCAACAACGGAAGCAAUGGUAAUCCGCACUUGCUUCAGCAACAUCAUCAUCAUCACCAUCAUCACCACCAUCAUCAUGCAUCGCAGCAGCAGCAACAGCAGCAACCGCUAACCAACAACAACGGUGGCGGAGCAUCGAUUGCGACCGGUGACAGCGAAACGGGAAGCUUCUAUGACCAAAAAACCGACCUGUCCUCCUCGCAUCACAUGGACGACGAGGACGGGUUGGGGCCGCUGCCGCCGAAGUGGGAGAAGGCGUUCACGGACAGUGGCGAGGUGUACUUUAUCGACCAUAACACCGGCACAUCGCACUGGCUCGACCCUCGGCUGUCCAAGUUUCAGAAGAAGUCUCUCGAGGAUUGCCAGGACGACGAGUUGCCGUACGGUUGGGAGAAGAUCUGCGAUCCGCACUACGGGACGUACUACAUCGAUCACGUGAACCGCAAGACGCAGUACGAGAAUCCGGUGCUGCAGGCAAAAAGAAUGCAGGAACGAAGCGGAAGUGGAGCUGGUGGCCCACCGAAUGGUAUGUUGCCGGGCGAUGGAAACGGCCCCGGUGGGCUUGACGGUCAGCAGGCGGGUGGUCGGGUGAACCACUUCACCAAGAACCCGGCAAAUCUGCGCGGCGAGCGACUGAUGACAACGCUGGUAAAAUCGACCCGCGGGCUCGGCUUCACGAUCGUCGGCGGAGACGACAACGUGGAGGAGUUCCUGCAGAUCAAAUCGAUCGUCCCGAACGGACCGGCCUGGCAGGACGGGCAGCUAAAGAUGGGCGACGUGCUGGUGUAUGUGAACGACAUCUGCGUGCUCGGCUUCACGCACCACGAGAUGGUAAACAUCUUUCAGUCGAUCCUACCCGGCGAGGAGGUGCACCUGGAUGUUUGCCGCGGUUACCCGCUACCGUUCGACCCGAACGAUCCCAACACCGAGGUGGUGACGACGAUUGCGGUCGACGGCCUGGUAAAUGGUGCGCACGGUUCCGCGGUAACGGAUAGCGAUCUGAAGUUUCUGGAAAACGGAGGUUUCCUAGAGGAUCGGCGGCCGGGCUCGUCGUCGGACGUGCAGCAGAAAAAUCCACUGGCCAAAAUCCAAUCGGUGGUCGGUCCCCACGGGCUCGGAAACGGUGGACCAACGGUCACCUCAAAUGGGGGCGAUGUGUACUUCAACGAUACGCUGUCCUACCAGCAGCACUACAACAAGGGCAAGGGUGGUCAGUUCGAGCUGCCGGAGCUGCUGCACAUCAACAUCGUCAAGAGCGACAAUGGGUUCGGGUUCACCAUCACCGACAGCUCGUACGGGCAGCGGGUGAAGAAGAUUCUCGAUCGGCAGUGCUGCAAGAACCUCCAGGAAGGCGACAUACUUCUCAGCAUCAACUCAAUCCCCGUGAAGGACAUGAGCCAUAACGAGGUCGUACAGGUGCUGAAGGACUGUCCGAAAAACAUCGAGACCACAUUGAAGAUCCAGCGGGGUCCAGGUGUGGGAGGUGGUGUUCCCGGAGCCACCGGAACCGCCUCAUUACCUGCGAGCAGCAAGCUCACCAAUAAGCUGCGGAAAAGCAUCGAGCUGGCCAAGUUUGGCGGUGGAGCAGGUGGCAUGCUGAAAAAGGAUGGCGCAGGUGGUCCCGGCAGUAUGGGUGGUAGCAGUAAUUUGUUCCGCAGCAAAACACCCACGGCCGACCUGUACAGUACGCAGACGAAGGAAAUCUUACCGACGCGUCCAAAAACACCACUGGUUGAUACGCGUGCCCGUGCCAAAACGCCCUCGUUGCCGCUGGCCGAGCUGAAUACGGAUGAAAUCGAGCUGGACAUUGGCUCGAAGGGGGCGCUCGACGUGAAACUCGAGCUAAACCUGAAGUCAAACAGCAGCUCGCACGAUAACGACUCCAUCGCGAACGAUAUCGGGCUCUACCAUCAUCAUCACCAUCAUCACGCGCAUCAUCCGGGGGAGGAUCCGUACCAUCACAAUUUCCAUGGCCACAUGAAGCAUGCGAGUGGUUUGGCGGAUCGCUUGGGCGAACUGACUAUCGGUAGCUCGAACAACAGCACGAGCGAUACGGCGACGAUCUAUCACAACCAUCAACCACCGGUUUCCUUCCAUCAAAACCUCGGCGUUGCCGGUGGUGGCGGAGGUUAUCAUCACGUAAACAAUGUUGGUGGUGGCUACAAUCAACUCUACUCGCCGCCCAUUGUGCCACCACCCCCGGUACCGCCAAUCUCCGGGGUGGGUAUGGCACCGUACCAUCACGAGAACUGUUUCUGCUACGAUUGCCAGGACUACCAGCGACAGCAACAGCAGCAGCAGCAGCAACAUCAGCAUCAGCUCAUGAACCGACAAUCGCAGAUGCAGCACCAAAUGAACAGCAGCUCCCCGCAUCAACAGAACGCCCUGUACAGUCUACCUCCCCAGAUGAGUGACAACAUCGGCAAGCGGCUCAACGAUUACCUAAUGGAUCGAAAGCGAUCGAUGCAACAAGGCGGACCCAAUCAGCUUCCACCCGGCGUUGGCAUCCCGCAAUACGACAAUCUCUACCUUCCCCAUCACCACCAGAUGCAGCAGGGGCUACAACAUCAUCUCCAACAACAGCAACAGUCGCCCGGUGGUGCUGGGGGAAUGUCCCUGUAUGAUUCGCAGCAGCAUCAGCAGCAUCAUCAGCAGUCACUAAUGGCUCAUGGCAAUUUCUACGGCAACCACGGUGGCAACCCGCUGCCGUUGCACCACGGAAACGGGUGGCCAAAAAUGGGCCCAGGUCACCAUCAGCAGCAGCAACAUUCGCCCUCUCAGCCACCGCCACCACCACCACCGCACCAUCUUUACGGUGGUGGUCAUCCGGGCAAUAAUGGCUACGGUGGUCUGGACGGCACCGAGUACACGCUUACGGAGGUGACCCUGGAGCGGCAAGCGCUCGGGUUCGGUUUUCGCAUAGUCGGCGGUACGGAGGAAGGCUCGCAGGUGACGGUGGGACACAUCGUGCCGGGUGGAGCGGCCGAUAAGGACACCCGCAUCGCAACCGGUGACGAGAUACUCAACAUCAACGGAGUGAAUGUGGAAAACGCCUCCCAUCAUCGUGUGGUCCAGCUGAUGGGUGAGGCUGGCCUGCGGGGUCAGGUUACCAUGAUUCUUCGUCGCCGACAGCUCACGAAGCCAAUGGUUCCGCCGCCACCACCUCCGCCACCCAACCCACGAUAUCCAUACAACGUGCUGGUGACACGGAAGGAGAACGAAGGCUUCGGUUUCGUGAUCAUCUCCUCGUCCGGCCAGUUUCUUGGCUCGUCGAUCGGUGAUCUCAUUCCGGGCAGCCCGGCCGAGCGAUGCGGCGAGCUGAAGAUCGGUGAUCGCAUCAUUGCCGUCAACGCGAUCGACAUCACCGGCAUGAGUCACAGCGAUGUGGUCAACCUGAUCAAGGAGUCAGGUCUGCAGGUGAAGUUGACGAUCGACAGCCCACGGGACGGAAUUAUGCAUCCCGCGAUCGGAUCGCUAAUCCAGCCCAGUGUACCCACGUCGGUGGCAGGUGGCGGUGGUGGUGGUGGUGGUGGUUCGAUUGCUGGAGGGGGCCCGGUCAACGGUUCCGGACCAAUGCUGAGCUCCAACACGGACCUGUACGUGAGCAGCAACAGCACGGCCAGCGGCAGCAACGGUGGACCGACGAUCAAUCGCUACCCGGCGAUCAUUUCCUGAUUGCGGCUGAGACUUCAGCAGCAGCUGAGCGAACGCUCCCCUCCUCACCCUCAGGCCAGUGCUCCCGACGACGAGCGGCGGGAGUAAUCGGCCGAGUCGGCCGUAUCAUUUACCAAAGUCCUAGUAUGACCUACCGCCGCCGGUCGGUAGCGGUUGGCAGGUUUAGUUACAGACUUAAGUAAGAUUAACAAGAGCACCCGUUGUUGCCCGUUGAGAUUGUGGUUCAAUGUAUUACUUGUUUGUGAAUGGUUUUCUUGCCGCAACUGUUUUGUUUGUCAUUUCAUUCCGUUGUUGUUUCUUUUUUGCAUUGCAUUUGUUCAUUCAAAACAACCACGGUUAGAUUUUUGUGACGAAAAGCUCAUAUGUUUUUCUUUUCUUUUACCCAGUGUGCACAUUCGCUUUGCAAGUGCACUGUCCUCCAUCUUCUCGAUCUGACUUAACACCGGGACGUGGAACAAUACGUGGGAAUAUGUAACAAAUAAUUCCCACAAAAGUUACUAUUACCAUAGCGUUUCUUUUGCGAUUGGCGGUCUUUACCUCCGAUGUUUUCUUUACCAUGUGAAUUUAUUGUUCUGUCUCUUCAGUUUCGCUUCCUCGCCAGCAAAAGCCUCCGGUAAAAGUGAGCCUACGAGGAAGAACUUCGUGGUUCACACACACAUGCGUUGAAAACGGAAAACAAACCUAAAAGUUCCCAGUGCAUGAU